UGCUCUCGAAAAACUUCAGAUGGGUCUUUCCGUAAAUGGCAGAAUUCACAUUUUAUAUAUUUUAUCGACGAAGCAAAAGUAGCCGCUUGUGUUGAAAGGGCGUCAAGAGAAAAUACGUUGGGGUUGCUCUAAUGCUGUUCGUUCUCCGAAUUGGGGUUCCCUUAGAAAGUGCAAGUAUUAGGAGAAAUUGUGUUAAUCCUCUUUCCAAUCUGAGAAGAAGAAGAAGAUUUACUGCCACUGCUAUCCCCGUAGCUGUGAAGUCAAAGGAGGAGUUAUUGGUCGUGGUUGGAGGCGGACCAGCUGGAGUGUAUGGAGCCAUUAGAGCUAAAACUGCCGCACCUGAUCUUAGUGUGGUUCUCAUAGAGCAAGGAAAGCUACUGACAAAGGUGAAAGUUUCUGGGGGAGGAAGGUGCAAUGUGACAAAUGGGCAUUGUACUGAUAAGAUGAUUUUAGCGGAAAAUUACCCUAGAGGCAACAAAGAACUGAGGGGAUCUUUCUUCGACAUGCAUGGUUCAGUAGAUACCAUGUCUUGGUUCUUGGAUCAUGGGGUGGCACUGAAGACAGAAGAUGAUGGCAGGGUGUUUCCUGUCAGCAACAGUUCUUCUACGAUAAUUGAUUGUCUUUCAUCUGAAGCAAAACAUAGGGGAGUUCUUCUGCAGACUAGAAGUGCUGUAACGAGUGCAUAUGCUACUGCUGGUGGAAAAUUCCUUCUCAAGAUUGAUAGGCGUGUGGGCGAUAUUGAAGAAGUUGAAGCUGAUUAUCUUUUAAUUGCUACUGGAAGUAGUCGCCAGGGUUACAGUUUGGCUGCUCAGCUAGGUCAUUCCAUUGUAGAUCCAGUUCCCAGCUUAUUCACUUUUAAGAUCAAGGAUGCCCAAUUGACAGAGUUAUCAGGGGUUACGUUUCAUAAAGUUGAAGCGAAGCUGAAAUUAGAUAACAUCCAUAGGAGUAUACCACAACUUACCCAGGUUGGUCCCAUGCUGGUGACGCAUUGGGGACUUAGUGGGCCUGUAAUUCUUCGGCUAUCUGCUUGGGGUGCUCGUGGUCUGUUUAGUUCAGGUUACAAAGGAAUGCUUGUGGUGGAUUUUAUGCCUGAUUUGCACAUUGAAGAUGCGAAGUCAAUCUUUAGAAAACAUAAGCAAAAUUUUCCGAAGCAAAAGCUGCUCAAUUCGAGUCCUUCAGAACUGGGUCUUGUGAAAAGAUUUUGGAAGUAUAUAUUGGAUCGUGAGGAUAUAUCUGGAGAUAGCCUGUGGAGUUCAAUUUCCAAUAACUCAAUUGAUUCUGUUGCAUGUCUUUUGAAACAUUGUACAUUUGAGGUUAUGGGGAAGGGUCAAUUCAAGGACGAAUUCGUUACUGCUGGAGGUGUUCCAUUGUCUGAGAUCUCUUUGAAGACAAUGGAAAGCAAAGUACAUUCACGUCUAUUCUUUGCAGGAGAGGUGCUGGAUAUUGAUGGAGUGACUGGAGGAUUCAACUUCCAGAGUGCAUGGUCUGGUGGGUACAUUGCUGGAACAAGAAUCGGUGAACUAGCAGCUAGUGCUAAAUUGGAUACAUUGUUACCACUCCCCUAACUUUUGAAUUGAGGGCGAGUCAUGGUCCAGUGGCUAGGUUGCUUCACUCACUCCAGCUAGGCUUCAUGGGUUCAAAUAACAGAAACAGCCUCCCGCAAUGUCCCGAUUAGUGAUGGUAAGAGCCUUGAGUGCUAGAUGCAGAUAAGUGGUACCGGGAACCUCCUCUCGUGGGUUCCUACAAGUUUAUGCACAAACAGUUUAUUGUAUUCAUGCCUAUAAAUUUCUUGCCAUUAAAAAUUAGCUUAUGCUUUCUUCAGUUUUUUUUUUUUUUUAUUUGGAUUCCUGGAUCUUGUAUUGCUUACAAUUGCUUCAUGACAGGGAUUGUGACUCUCAAUUUGAUGUAUCAUGUUAUGUGAUUAGGAGGAAUUCAUGACCAAACUUUUGGGGUCCCAUGAUGAAGGUGGAAGCUUUGUGGGUUUCUUACA